AUGGCCAGAGGAUCUUCAGGUAAAUCUUCUUCGUCAAAGGAAUCCAACAACGGGUCAAGCACCAAGUCUGAAGUACCUCUCUCGUGGAAACCUCUUUGUUUGGACCAAGUGAUCAUUCCGAGUCAAUCAAAACCACCACCUUCUGAGGGAGCCGAUGUUCAGGUCAAUGUAAAGUCAAGACAAGUUAAAGGAUUAACCACAUGUCCGAGUGAUUGUCUCUUCCGAACUCAUCAAUAUGAAUUUGUCAUCACUCCAUCCAUGGAGUUGCUUGAAUGGGCUGGAUGUAAAUUCGGAUAUUAUGCCAUGAUUAAAUUAUUUACUCUUAUUAUUGGAGGUGUAAACAAUAGUGAUGAUGAUGAUGAAGAUGAAUCGGCCAAUGCAUCAGAACAACAACAACACCCACAGAAUGAUGAUCAUUGGAUGGAAUGUUUCUCAGACGAUAGCACACCCGUAAUUCUUCAAUCCUUUAUGGAAGAUUACGAUAAACAAACAGUUUGGAAAAUCACCUUGUACUGGCCCACCAGUUGUAGCUACAAAUUCAAUUCCAAAGCCACUUUCCGAUUUGAGAUUGAUGUCUUUCGGUCCAAUGCCUCAAACCGAGAUGAAAUGAAGAAAGUAGCAACGAAAAUAUCCUCUCCUUUCCGAGUAUUAUCAAAGCCUGAAGUCUAUUUGAAAAGUAUUUCAAAACCUCCAAAGAAGAAAGCUAAAUCAUCCACAACAACAACAACAACGAGUGGAAGGCAGAAAAAGAACAAUAAGAGGAAAAAGAGCUCCAAAUCAACGACGGAAUCUUCAGAAGAUGUUGUCGAAACGGAGGAAUCCGAGUCGACUCAAUCCAUGGUCAUGGAAGAAGAACCUCCCCAAACCAAACUAAAAACAGACCCCUCUCUCCUGUUGUCCUCUUCAGAGCUCGUCCUAGAAUCGGGAGAAGCCUUCUUCUCAUUUCCUUCAUCUCCUCCACUAUUCACGAAUGUGGUGAAUCGUGGUGUGGUGGGCCCACCACCUACGACUAGUAGUAGUAGUAGUAGUACCACUGUAACUCCACAAUCCCCAAUUCUUCCACUCGGACGAUCCUCUUGUCCUCAGCCUCCACUCUCCUCUUCUGAUCUUAAUAUUAGCUCACUCUCUUGCACUUCAGAGAAUGAUCAAACUCUUCACCAAGCACAACCUCCACCCUCCUCGUCACAAGAAUUCUUCACAAAUUUCCUCCUGACACCUCCACUCUCGCAGCAGGGACUUCAAAGCGAGGAUGUGGUAGGUGAUUCGUUUUUCAAUGCUGAAUUCCCGAGCCUUUCGCAAAGUAGCAAUAACAUGUUGCCCUCUCAGUAG